AUGAUAGUCAAUAUGGGUCCCCAUCACCCAUCAAUGCAUGGUGUUCUUCGACUCAUCCUUAGUCUAGACGGUGAAGAUGUUAUUGACUGUGAACCAAUAUUAGGUUAUUUACACAGAGGGAUGGAAAAAAUUGCGGAAAACCGAACAAUUAUACAAUAUUUGCCUUAUGUAACACGUUGGGAUUAUUUAGCUACUAUGUUUACAGAAGCAAUAACAAUAAAUGGACCGGAACAGUUGGGAAAUAUUCAAGUACCUAAAAGAGCUAGCUAUAUCAGAGUAAUUAUGUUGGAGUUGAGUCGUAUAGCUUCUCAUCUGUUAUGGCUUGGCCCUUUUAUGGCAGAUAUUGGUGGGCAGACUCCUUUCUUCUAUAUUUUUAGAGAAAGAGAGUUAAUAUAUGAUUUAUUCGAAGCUGCCACUGGUAUGAGAAUGAUGCAUAAUUAUUUUCGUAUCGGAGGAGUAGCAGCUGAUCUACCUCAUGGCUGGCUAGAUAAAUGUUUGGAUUUCUGCGAUUAUUUUUUAACAGGAGUUGCUGAAUAUCAAAAACUUAUUACGCGAAAUCCUAUUUUUUUAGAACGAGUUGAAGGAAUAGGUAUUGUUAGUGCAGAGGAAGCAAUAAAUUGGGGUUUAUCAGGACCAAUGCUACGAGCUUCCGGAGUACAAUGGGAUCUUCGUAAAGUUGAUCAUUAUGAGUGUUAUGACGAAUUUGAUUGGGGAGUUCAGUGGCAAAAAGAAGGGGAUUCAUUAGCUCGUUAUUUAGUCCGAAUUGGUGAAAUGACGGAAUCCAUAAAAAUUAUUCAACAGGCUUUAGAAGGGAUUCCGGGGGGCCUUAUGAAAAUUUAG